AUGAAGUUCCUCCACGCCGCUCUUUUCGCCUGCUCCGCGACUACAGCCUUCGCCGCAGCCAUCGCUCAAACCGCCGCUCCACCCGCCGCUCCACCCGCCGCCGCUCCACCCGCCCUCGACAUUUCCAUAACUCAAGUCGAAGCCGCCCCUGAGCCUGUGGACGAUGGAGGUCUCUUGGGUAGCCUGAAUAUAUUUUCGAAAUUCAAGGUAGUCUGCCCGCCCGAGAAGGAUGUCGUGCCGUUCGCUCCCGGACAGCCAGAGGUGCAGUGUUCCACGAACAUGGAAUGCGACCACAACGGCGAGCUCGAAUUCGACGGUAUCCUCGGCCGCUUCAAGGACGAGAAGGUGCAGGCUUGCAGCGCCUCCUGUAAGUGCGUGAAAUGA